CGCCCUCUACCGCCGCCGUUCGGCAAGUAGAAGGUCGCAUCACAGUCUACCUUCAACGUCGCAUCGACUCCACUUUACGCGACAGCAAUGGACGGAGCUCGUCCCACGACUGCCUCACGAGGCAGGCGACCCAUGACCGGAGCUCAGUCUCGACCCUUUACAGGCAGACCUGGUACAGCCGUCAAUGGAGGAGGCGGCAGCGGCAGACCUGUGACUCGAGGUGCGGGUGCGGGAGCUCAAGAGCAGGGCAAUGCCGAGGAGCAUCAUUGGCAGGCAGAACACUCUACUGCAGGUGCAGGCGGAGGACAUCAGGGGGAGUGGAAUCCGGCCUACCAACCUCAAGAGGGACAUCAGGAGGAAGAAGAAGACUAUUAUGAGAGUGAAGACGAGGACGUCUUUGCUUUCCUGCCUCCUGAUCUGGGACCUGCACCAGCCAUUGUCACCUCCAAUGACCCUCAGCCGUUUGCAGACGCAUCGACACAUCGCACGCUUGAAGAGCAGCCUGCUGCUGGUAGCGCUGCUCCACCUUCUGCAAGCCAAUCAGAAGAUCCGGCCUAUUACUUCGAUGAGACCACAGGGGCGGUGUACGACAGUCAGGGUCGCUUGGUCCAGCUACCAUCAGGAUUCGACCCCAGCCAAGCAAGAGGCUACACUCCUACCACUUCGCAGAAUCCUGCGCUGGCCACUGGUCAAUAUAUGGAGCCGCAAAUGCCGCCCCCAGCCGCCGGCUCUUCGCAUGCCGUCCGUAUUUCUCUAGAUCGCAAGUCUUCCAAUACCUCGAGCUAUGCUCGACCCGAGUUCUCUCAGGUAAAUAGCUUCAACUCAUACCCACCCCCUCCUCGCAAUCUCCUCGAUGAUGUUGAGCACUUGAGGAGUCGCGAGGGCCGGCGCCCCUCUGGUACUGGGCACUCCCAUCGCGACAUUGGCUUCUCUGCUUCGGGUGUCCCGAUGACUGAUGGACCCAGCGGCACCUCGAUUCUGAGACAGAGGACCAAUCGUCUCGGCUCAGAAGGAGCUGCUGGAGCAGGCUUUAGUCCGACUGCCAGCAGCAUCAAGCUUGGCAUGGAUCCCAAAUUCGACCGCUACUCUUCCGAUCUUGGGCCAGGGCUUGAGAACGCACACGAAAUUGACGUGGGUAUGGACACUCACGUCAUUGGGCCUAGAGGUAUCAAGAUGGUCGAGCUAGAGCCUGAGGGAGAUGAAGACUCGCCAUACCCCGAGGUUCGAGCUUCGGUAUCCAAUGUAGACGAUACGGACAUUCCAGCCAAUACGGUCAGGAUGUGGGUCUUGGGCAUUGUGCUCAUGACCCUCGCUACGGCCAUCAACGACAUCCUCUCCCUUCGAUACCCUGCUCCUACGCUUACAGCAUUGCUGCUCGAAGUCAUUGCUUACCCACUGGGCAAGCUGCUAGCUGCUAUCCUGCCUAUGCGCACAUUCACCUCGCCUCGAUGGCUCGGCGGCUUCCAAUGGUCUCUCAACCCAGGCAUGUUCAACAUCAAGGAGCACACUGCCAUUGUACUCAUGGCAAAUAUUGCUCUCGUCCCCGCAUACGCCCUGAACACUAUCCUGGCGCUCGACUCUGAUUACUUUUACAGUAAUCCCAAACCUCUUGGCUGGUCUGUCCUUCUCGUCAUGUCGUCUCAGAUGAUUGGAUUUGGUCUAGCAGGACUUACCAGGCGAUUCCUCGUGACGCCUGGCUCCAUGAUCUGGCCUCAGGUCCUCGUCUUUGCUUCGGUCUUCAACAUGCUGCACGCAGAAGAGGACUCUGUCUACGACCAGUCGAUCUCGCGCUUCAGGUACUUCAUCUACGUCUCAGUCGGCGCUUUCCUCUGGUGGUUCUUCCCCGGUUACAUCUUCACGGCGCUGAGCAGCUUUAGCUUCAUCUGUUGGAUCUGGCCGAACAACGAAGUCGUCAACACACUCUUUGGUACUGCCACUGGUAUCGGGAUGAGCUUCCUGACCUUUGACUGGCAGACCAUCAGCUAUCUCAUGAGCCCGCUGGUGGUGCCCUGGUGGGCUCAGUGCAACAUCUUCGCCGGCUCGGUCAUCUUCCUCUGGAUCCUGGCUCCAGCAUUGUGGUUUUCAAACGUUCUCAACUUUGGCUACAUGCCCUUCAAUUCCUCUGGUGCAUUCGAUCGCUUCGGAGAGACCUACAAUGUCACUGCCGUACUGGAUGGGAAUCGCAGGUGGGACGAACAGGCCUACGCUUCCUACUCGCGACUGUACUUUGGCACAACUUACUUCAUCGUCUACUGGUGCGGAUUUGCGACUUUCACGUGUAUCUUGGUACACACGGGUCUACACCACGGCAAGGCCAUUUGGAGGGGAAUUAGGGGUAUCAAGACGGAGGAGGACGAUGUUCAUGCCAAGUUGAUGGGAAAGUACCGAGAUCAUCCCGACUGGUGGUACGGGGCGGUAUUCGUCUUUGCAGUCGUCAUUGGUAUCGUCUGCGCUGAAGUCUACGACACUGGUCUGCCCAUCUGGGGCUUCCUGGUGUCUAUCUUCAUCCCUCUCAUCUACUUCCUGCCGUCGGGGUUCAUCUACGCGCAGACGUCGCAAACCAUCGGUGUCAACCUGAUCUCGGAGUUCAUCGCCGGUUAUGCCUUCCCGGGUCAAGCAUUGCCGAACAUGAUGAUCAAGCUGUACUCGCAAGUGGGUCUCACUCAAGGUCUCACCUACGCCCAGGGAUUCAAGCUAGCUCACUACAUGAAAUUGUCACCAAGGAUGGCCUUCUCGGUGUCCUUCGUUGCCGCCGUCUGGUCCUCGAUUGUGCACGUCUUUGUGAACUUGUUCAUGAGGACCCACGUCAGUGACAUUUGCUCGCCGAUGCAAGCAAACUCCUUCGAGUGCCCCUCUGCCUCCGUCUACUACACUUCGAGCAUCAUCUGGGGUAUCAUCGGUCCCGAAAGAAUGUUCGCAAACGGAUCCUACUACUCCUCGGCCUACUGGGCCAUGCUCAUCGGUGCACUCACGCCCAUCCCCGUCUUCCUGCUGGCAAGGAGAUUCCCUUCGUCAGUUCUCAAAAUCGUCAGCACCCCACUGCUCUUCGCAGCCACCUCCGUCAGCCCUCCUGCAUCGGGAAUCGUAAUCUCCUCGUGGUUCCUCCUGGGUUACAUCUUCCAGUGUGUGAUCCGAAAGAGGAACUUCCGAUGGUGGACUCGAUACAACUUUGUCACCAGCGCCGCAAUGGAUACAGGAACCAUUAUCACCUCGCUGGUCAUCUUCCUCUGCUUGGUCCUGCCCAAAGGGGGAACAAUCAGCUUGAAUUGGUGGGGAAAUUCGAUUACGGGAAAUACCCUUGAUGGGCAAGGGCUGUCGAGGUUGACGCCGCCCACGGAUGGGUUCGCACCUGCGCCGAGUGCUAUUCCAGGGGCAGUCUGAGUUGGCGAGGCGAGGUAGAGGCGAGGUAGACAGUUGACCAGUGAUCAGGAGCACCAAGUGAAAGACGAUCUCGAAUACGCAGCUGGGCUCGACGCUUUGUGGAGCCCGCCUCCCUGGCCCCUUGGACCCUCAUUCAUACCCGCCUCCU